AUGGCUGCUGCUGCAUGGAUUAUUUUUGAGGAUCAAGAAGAACCACAAAGAGAAGAAAAUUCGGUAGUACGAGAUUCAGGGUACCCGCUGCUACCUUAUUUAAUGACACCAAAAUUAGAUCAACCUGAAGGAUCACCUUCUGCUCGUUAUACUGAUGCUCACGUAAGAGCACGCUCGAGUAUUGAACGAACUAUCGGAGUUUUGAAGGGACGAUGCCUGAGGAAGGAAAGAGGACUGCACUAUUCACCAAAUUUUUCUGCACUUAUAGUUAAUGCUUGUUACGUACUUCACAACGUGACCAAAUUCUAUAAUGUACCUGAACUUGACGUAUAUUAUGAUGACAUAGACAUAGACGAAGGAAAUGAGAUGUGGAACAACGAAAAUAGAAAUGGCAACGACAUUCGAGAAAGUGUCAUACAUUUAUAUUUUUCUUAAACAUAUAUUUGUAAUACAAAUCGAUAGGUUAUUUAUUCAGUCAUUUUCAAGCA